CCUUUUAUUUGUCUUCUUCUCUCUGCUCUCAGAGACAGAACUCAGAAGAGAAGAAGAAGAACUCAAUUCAAACCAUGAUGACUGCAACAGUUCAAAGGAGCUUCAUUUCACACCCAAACCCCAAUUCUAAACUCUCUGCUUAUUCAUUCAGAAUUCAAUCCCAAGCACAUAACAUUCCCAGAAGAAAAAGUAUUUCAGUUCCUCCUCCAAAAGGGUUUGGACGAAUUGGAGCAGUAACUCCUUUUCUCUCAUUAGAUCAUCAUCAUCAACACAGAGGGUCUAAGAACAACAACAUUGUUGUCUCAUUCUCAGCUUCCAAUCAAGAAGAAAAGAAGCCUGAUGAGAUCGACGCGGAAAAGGAGAAAAAUGAGGUUAAAGAUGGAUCUGAGGAAUCUGGAGAAGCUUCGGAGCAUAAGCAUGUUGAGAUAGAUGAGGAAAAGGAGAAGAGUGGGGUUGAAGUUGGAGCUGAAGAAUCCGAAGAAGCUUGGAAGCAUAUGCUAGAAUCAUUUAAAGAACAAGCAUUGAAAAUGCAGGACAUAUCACAAGAAGCUUAUGAGUUAUAUUCUAAAAGGGCUGCGGUUAUCUUGAAGGAGACUUCGGAGAAAUUGAAAAUUCACGCAGAAAAAUCUAGCCUUGAUUUGGGUAGAUUGGCUAAAGAUAUUAGUGUAGAAGGUAAGGAGUAUCUCUCGACGGUUGCAGAGAAAUCUCCCGAGCAGGUGAAGGAUAUUGUGGAAACUUUUGCAACCUCAAAAGCAGAUGAUUGGAAAAAUUUUGACAAAGUUCCUCAUUAUUUCCUUGGCAUUCCAUAUGGUGCAUUUCUUUGUCUCGGAGGAUUUCUUUCCUUCAUGCUAACCGGAAGCGUUUUAGGUAUUAGGUUUGGUACAAUUCUGGGUGGUGCUCUAUUGGCUUUAAGUAUAUCGAGCUUGAGAUCAUGGAAAAAAGGGCAGUCAUACACUUUGGCUUUGAAAGGGCAAGCAGUAAUUGCAGCUAUACUCUUUUUAAGGCCUCUGCGCAUGUUCUUUCAGGGCCCCUCAUUUCCAGGUUUUAUUACCACCAUCAUCAGUGGUUACAUGGUAGCUUUCUUCAUUUAUAAAAUCGUAUUGGAUGGUAAACAAAAGAAAGGUCCAGCUUGAAACAUGAGACAUGACAGUUAAUAUACUCUGCUCAUGCACCAAGGCAGGUAGAAGCGAUGGUGGAUGGAGAUUUGGACAGCCUCGAAGCUAUACCAGGGAGUUAUAAACUGACCAGAAAAAUGAAUCAAGGAUGGUCAGCUUUACAGGUUUCUUACUGUGUUUAUAUGUGCUAUUUUUUCUGUUCUUUUCUGUGAUUUACUGUACAUGUGUUGUCAGAAAACAAAAAUGUGUACAAAAAAGAAUGAAAUGGAAAAUAAAUUAUCGAAAGGAAGAGUAAUUCAGUGCCA